AUGGCUGACGACGAUUACGCGCGUGACGAGGAGAACAUCGAGGAUGAGGAGGUUGACGAGACGAGCUUUCGAGCUGUCAAGGAUGCCGUCCUCUUUGCGAUCGACGUGAGCAGCUCAAUGCUGGAGCCCCGGCUAUCCGAGGACCCUAAGAAAUCCGGCCAAGAAUCACCUACAUCUGCAGCCCUCAAGUGCGCGUAUCAUUUGAUGCAGCAACGCAUCAUAUCGAACCCCCAUGAUAUGAUCGGAGUCUUGCUCUACGGUACAGAAUCUUCCAAAUUCUACGAAGAAGCUGGAGAACGCGGGGGCGAUAUUUCAUACCCACAUUGUCACCUCUUUACCGAUCUCGACAUCCCAUCAGCUCAGGACGUCAAGGAACUGCGAGCUCUUGCAGAGAAUGAGGAAGAGGCUAGGGAGGUCUUGAAACCAUCGAAGGAACGGGUCUCUAUGGCGAACGUUCUGUUCUGUGCGAAUCAGAUCUUCACUUCCAAGGCACCAAACUUUCUUUCGAGACGGCUCUUCAUCGUCACCGAUGAUGACAAUCCACAUGGAGAUAGCAAGUCUCUAAGAUCUGCGGCCACAGUGCGUGCGAGGGAUUUGUACGAUCUGGGUGUGAACAUUGAACUAUUCCCAAUUUCUAGGCCCGACCACGAAUUCGAUACUUCCAAGUUCUACGAUGAUAUCAUCUACAAAACUUCGCCCAGUGACGGUGAAGCUCCUGCAUAUAUGCAACCAGACACAAAUACGUCGACGGCCAAGGGUGACGGCAUAUCAUUGCUCAACUCUCUGUUGUCAAGCAUCAAUUCCAGAUCUGUACCCAAACGGUCGCUCUUUUCGAACGUUCCUCUAGAGAUUGGACCCAACUUCAAGAUAUCGGUUAAUGGAUACUUGCUUCUGAAACGACAGGAGCCGGCACGGAGUUGCUAUGUCUGGCUCGGAGGAGAGACCCCCCAGAUUGUGAAAGGUAUCACCACUCAGAUGGCCGAUGAUACAGCUCAGACGGUAGAAAAGUCAGAAAUCCGCAAAGCCUACAAAUUUGGAGGUGAACAGGUUGCGUUUACUCCAGAAGAAUUGCAAGCAUUGCGACACUUCGGGGACCCCGUGAUCCGCAUUAUCGGGUUCAAGCCCUUGUCUGACUUGCCAAUUUGGGCCAAUGUCAGGCACCCUUCCUUCAUCUACCCCUCUGAGGAAGACUUCAUUGGCUCUACGCGCGUAUUCUCUGCGUUGCAGCAAAAACUCCUCAAAGAUGAAAAGAUGGCCCUGGUCUGGUUCAUUCCUCGCAAGAAUGCUGCACCGGUGGUAGCGGCAAUGAUUGCUGGUGAAGAGAAAAUUGAUGAGAAUGGUGUACAGAAGGUCCCACCUGGCAUGUGGAUCAUUCCUCUUCCCUUCGCAGAUGAUGUGCGACAGAACCCAGAGUCCACUAUGGCCGUGUCUCCAGAUCCCCUGACCGAUGCAAUGCGGGAAAUCAUUGGACAGCUGCAGCUUCCAAAGGGUGCCUACGAGCCUCAGAAGUAUCCAAAUCCUGCCCUUCAAUGGCAUUAUCGCAUCUUGCAGGCGCUGGCUCUCGACGAAGAUCACCCAGGAGAGCCGGAAGACAAGACCAAACCAAAGUACCGGCAAAUUGACAAGGUGAGUGAUGACGAUGAAGAGACAGACGCUUCCUGUAGUUCGAUUCUGAUCGAUUCCCAGCGUGCUGGCGACUAUGUUCUUGCAUGGUCCGAUCAACUUGAUGCCGCUUUUGACAAGAUGUUCGGAGGCACCGCCGCCACAAAAUCAACCUUGGUCAAAAGAGGCCCAAAGGAGAAUGCAGACAGCGCCGGUGGGCCACCAGCAAAGCGGGUGAAGACCGAAGCCGGUGCUGGAGGAGUCGACGAGGAAGUCAAACGAUGCUAUGAGAAGGGGACAGUAUCGAAACUUACUGCUCCCGUUCUCAAGGAAUUCCUGACUGCUCAUGGCCGGUCCGCGGCUGGGAAGAAGGCUGACCUGGUGGAUCGGGUAGAGCAGUUCUUCGAGCACAAGUAA